GGCACAGUUGACUUUGUGCUCACUGAUGGAACAGUUGUGUUUAGGACGUGUGAGGCAGAGAAACAGAAUGUUGUCUUUCAAAUGCCACAGGCUGUGGUUGACACAUUUUGUGUUUUCUUAGGGCACAGCAGACCCAGAGAGAGCCUUGAAAGUUGCAAAACUCUUAGAAAAUGAUGUUGCUGGAAUUGAUGUAAAUAUGGGCUGUCCAAAAGAUUAUUCUUGCAAGGGAGGGAUGGGUGCAGCAUUAUUGUCCCAACCAGACAAUGUGCACAAGAUCCUUACAACCCUUGUGCAGGGAGUGUCCAUGCCAGUAACAUGCAAAAUAAGAAUUUUGCCCACUAUUGAAGAAACAGUUGGUUUUGCUAAAAUGGUAGAGGAAACCGGUAUCGUCGCUCUGGCUGUUCAUGGAAGGGAAAAACACGAGCGUUCACGAGAUCCGGUGCACAUUAAUGUCAUACGUGAAGUUGCUAAGGCUGUCUCCAUUCCUGUAAUUGCAAAUGGUGUGUCACUACUGGUAAAUACGUACAAAGAUAUUGAAAAAUAUCGUCAGGAGACAGGUUGUUCGUCAGUCAUGUUGGCAAGAGCUGCUCAAUGGAAUCCUUCAAUCUUUAGGAAAGAGGGUUGCUUAUCUGCCUCACAAGUGAUAACGGAGUAUAUUAAACUGGCUAUAGACUUUGACAAUAACUUUGGGAAUACAAAAUACUGCCUUCAGCGGCUAUUGCAUGAAGAUACAACAUCUUCAGAGGCUCUUCAGCUUCUUCAUGCUAAAGAAAUGCGAGACAUCUGUGAAAUAUGGAAUCUUACCUCAUACUUUGAUGAUGCCGUUCAGAGGAGAAAACAUAAAAUGGAAACCAUGAAAGAUGACGAGAAUGAGAAGAGGAAACGAAAAAGUUCAGAUUCUUCAAGUGAAAUAACUGAAAUUAAAGUCAAGUAUCUCAGAAAAAUGUACACAGGUGGUGUCACACCCAAAGGGAUCCUUCUGGAGUGGUCAAGGCGAAACAGAAUCAAACAGCCUACAUAUGAAACCAUUGAAAGGGAAGAGGAUAGAUGGUUCAAAAGUGUUGUUCUCGUCGGAGACAAAAAAUAUUCUUCAACGGAAUGGGAAGGCAGCAAAAAAGCUGCUGAACAGGCUGCCGCCAUUGUUUGUUUACAAUCCUUGGGUGUCCACGACGGACGAUUGAAGGCGGAGAGCACGUGACAUUACCUCUUUCUCCACGGUUCUCCGUGGAAUCAAGCUCAAACAAGCCCCGAAUGGAAUGAAACUGUAUGCUCUCUACUUAUGUCGGAAUGACACAUAAUUUACAUGGAUAGAGGUUGCAAACCACAAUUCAUCCAGUUGUUCAUCAAGACUGGCUUGUGUGUUUCAGGCGUAUUUUUGUGGUAGGCUCUGUAUGGAUGUUGGCUGUUCUGUAGAAAACGAAAAAAAAUGCAAUUGUUGUGCCCCGAAAAAGUCAAAAUUUCACUCUCCUGUUUUGUCUGAGUUCGUUGUUAGUUGUCAUGAAUGUCAUUAGUAUAUACCACCCAGGUGAAUGGUGCUUUUCGUGCGCACUGAUUGGCUCGUUCGGAAGUGAUUAGGAAGUGCACUUCACCUCUGAGCAGCCGCAGAGGCAAAAUCGCGCGUCAAGAGUUUAAUUUGUGACCAAUUUUCGGUGUAUUGACAGAAAUCCACGAAUUUUUCUAUUUCAGUUCAGUAUAUACUACAAAGACACUUCGCUAAGAUGAAAGUGUUGAAUAUUAACCUCCGUUUGUUUGAAUAAUGGAUAAUUAUUUAUUAUAGUGUUGCUAUGUUGAAAUGUGUUUAGUCAGAAAUCAAGUCCACUUAACAAGGAAAACUUCACAGUCGGUUACUUACACGAGGUUUAAACAAAAUCGUGGUUUUACGCAAUCAGUGGGCCUUAGGUUGUACCUGUAGUUAGAUCGAUUUCAUUCACUAAAUGUCCUUUCCACUGUCAGCUUUCGUUCCUCGGACACUGUUCACAAAAUAAGUGUUCUGAUUAAAGGUUCGGCUAAACUGAA